AUGGCGGAGAACAGUGGCACAGAUCCUGCCGUGGACCCGAAACCUGAGGAAAAUGCUGCCGCCAGCGGGACCAUCAUUAUGGUCACUGUUAAAACACCUAAAGAUAAGGAGGAAAUAGCGAUCUCUGAGGAUGCGUCUGUUGCACAGUUCAAAGAAGAAAUCUCGAAAAGGUUCAAGGCAAAGCAGGACCAGUUAGUUCUCAUUUUUGCCGGGAAAAUCCUUAAAGAUGGGGACAUGCUGACGCAGCACGGCAUAAAGGAUGGCCUUACUGUUCACCUGGUUAUCAAAACUGCACAAAAACCCACUGGUGGCAGUCCGACAGAUUCGUCUAGCUCUGGUGCGCCGCAGGGCAGCAGUGGCAAUGCAGGCACUGCUAACGCUAACCCAGCUGGCAACCUGGGCACGUCGCAGGGCAGCGGGACAUCGCCAGCCCCCUCACAGCCAGGCAACUUAUUUACUGGAUUUGGUGACCUGUCCAGUCUGGCCAACAUGGGCAUGGGUUCAUCCAACUUUAUGGAUCUCCAGCAGCAGAUGCAGAGGCAGCUCAUGUCCAACCCCGAGAUGCUGUCCCAGAUCAUGGAAAACCCUCUAGUUCAAAACAUGAUGUCCAACCCAGACCUGAUGAGGCAGAUGAUCAUGGCCAAUCCACAGAUGCAGCAGCUGAUGGAGCGCAACCCGGAAAUUUCACACAUGCUUAAUAAUCCUGAACUAAUGAGACAGACAAUGGAGUUGGCAAGGAACCCAGCCAUGAUGCAAGAGAUGAUGCGUAAUCAGGACCGGGCGCUCAGCAACCUGGAGAGCAUCCCCGGAGGAUACAACGCUUUAAGAAGGAUGUAUACAGACAUUCAGGAGCCCAUGUUUAGUGCUGCACGUGAGCAGUUUGGAAACAAUCCCUUCUCAGCCUUGGGUGGAAAUGCAGAGAAUUCAGGGGCUCAGCCUUCCAGGACAGAAAACCGAGAGCCACUACCCAAUCCCUGGGGAUCUACUGAGACAAGUUCCUCUGGGACUGGGACUGGCACUGGCACUGGCACCGGCACCUCCAGCAGUUCUAGCACAAGCUCCACCGCCCCCAGUGUGUCUAACCCCCUAGGCAUCAACGCUGCCAGCUUGGGCUCUGGCAUGUUCAACAGCCCGGGCAUGCAGAGCCUGAUGCAGCAGAUAUCGGAAAAUCCACAGCUUAUGCAGAACAUGCUUUCUGCUCCCUACAUGCGCAGUAUGAUGCAGUCCCUGGCCCAGAAUCCUGAUGUUGCCUCACAGGUGUUAAUGAACAACCCUCUGUUUGCUGGAAACCCCCAGCUACAGGAGCAGAUGAGGCACCAGUUGCCGGUAUUUUUACAGCAGAUGCAGAACCCUGAAGCUCUCUCUGUAAUGACGAACCCACGCGCCAUGCAAGCCCUUAUGCAGAUCCAGCAGGGUCUGCAAACCCUUCAGUCUGAAGCUCCAGGACUCAUGCCCAGUUUGAGUCCAGGUGGGCUUCCUGCCGGGGUUCCCACAGGAGUCAAUGUGACGCCUGAAAAUGUGCCUCCCCCCACCUCUGGACAAAGCUCCACCCCUGCUGCUGACACCAACUCCACCCAGCAGCAGCUCAUGCAGCAGAUGUUACAAAUGUUUGCUGGAGGAAGCGCAUCGACCCAGACCCCGGAGGUGCGUUUCCAGCAGCAGCUGGAGCAACUGAGUGCGAUGGGCUUUAUCAACAGAGAAGCUAACCUGCAGGCCCUCAUUGCCACGGGAGGAGACAUCAAUGCUGCCAUCGAAAGACUGCUCGGCUCUCAGCCUUCCUAAUCACAACGCCUAAACAUACCUAGAGACAAGUCAUGAAUACUGUCCCUCAUCACCUGAUAUCUGACAAAUAGACUGGGUUCCAGUUAAACACUUUAAUGUGGUUGAUCUAAAAGUCAUAGUAAAUUGAGGUUUCCAAAUUAGUUAGACCAGAAAAAACAGAUCUCAAAGUUAUGACGACAUGCUAACUUCCCCCAUUCAUUACUGACUGCAUCCCUUAAUACUGUGGGACAAUACUGUGAACCAAGUGUAGGUUCUUCAUUCCUAGUAAUUGACACAUACUCACUUACGGCACUACUUCAUGGUUUUUGGGGAGUAGAAAAGCUUAAGUGUGACUUCCUAUGGCAAAGCAACCCUUCGUCUUUCUAGAAGAUGGUUGGUUUGCUUCAUGUUUUUGGUCUUCUCAAACUUGCCUGACUAAACCAGUAUUUAUUGCAGACACCUAGAGAUUACCUUUUACUUCCUUAUCGCCACUUCAUGAUUCACAGUGCUUUAAGACUUCCUUAUUCCUCAUUUGACAAUGUUAAAAUCCAAUAGAGGAAGAUGUUGGAAUUCAUGUGUAAGCAUUAUAAGAACCUCAUGCAGAUGAUCACUUACUCUUCAGCUAUUUAGAAGAUAAUGGAAUUUGAAAGAUUCAAGACAGUCAUCUGUUUAGUCUUUCUUGCCUUUCAGCAGCAGUGUGAAUGGAUUUGGUAAAGCUUGUGGUUAUGGGAUAAGGUUGUAACAAGGCAUCAAUAAAAACUUUUCAGCUUACAAGCCAUGUUGAAUGCAGACACCAUUUGUUUUUACUAAAUCUUUUAUGCUUUGACAUAGAAGUACUCGAUGUGUAAAGAUUUUUUUUUUGUGUGCUGGAUACACCAACUAAAAGUUGAUCUGGUAAACCUGGUAACAGCACGAAAGUGAUGCUAGCUUAUUUGUGCAUCACAGUGCUAACCAACAGUCUAAUGAAACAGUUUUGAUGUGAAUUAAAAUGUAUUCAUUCAAAAUGUAUUUUUGCUUUUUGCUGCACAUCCUAAUCCACUAUUUAAUCUCUGAUCUGUAUGAAUUACAUUAUUACAUUGCAAUAAUUUGAUUCAAACUUGGGUCAGUAUGUUUUUUCAACUCUUUUUUUAAAUUUUUACUCUUAGGUCAGCAUGAAAAAUGACACUACAUUGAAUAAAUAGUUUAGCUAAAAAGUAACAAAAGAGUGACAUUUUUAUUCCCAAUCCACAGAUAUAGGCCAUUGAAGAUAUGUUUGGUGUCCGGUUGUUGACUAAGAUUAUUAACUAGUUCUGUAAGUGUAGUAUUAAAUAAAUAAAUUCUCUUUAACAAAUGUGCAGUGAUUAAAGUUAGUGACGAAGAUUCAAUUUUAA